AUGGCUCCAUCUCAGCGGUCUCACCGCAGUGGCUCGACAGGAUCCGCACACCAUGCUUCUGGCGCGAGCUCAGUGGGUCACGCCACGCAAGACACGGCAGCUGCUGCUGCCUCUGCUCCGCCAUUGGCGCCGAAGGGUCUACCUGGUAUGGCCAAGCCGCCUCCAGCGACCUCUGCAGGUACAUCUGGCCUCAUUGCUCACGCACCGUAUUCGAGCAACCUGGAUCGUGUUGAUGAGCAGAGCAGAACUGCCUCGAUUCGAUCAACCCCCACCUCUUCCUCCUUGCAGCAGGCUGCCAAUGCUGAAGCAACGAAUGUCGUCCAUAGCGCGAGCAAUACAGCGUCGAUCGCUAGUAGCACACGACGACGAGACAGGUACUCAUCCGGAGGAGCAGUUCGCGUCGUUCAAGCGCGUUCUGCUACAAGUUCGAUGGAUCACGAUCCUCGUCAAGACACCAAUCGCUAUGUACACACUCAUGAAAAAGCCGCGCCGACCGAAUCAGUGGAUAUGUUGUCCAUGUCGACGUCCGGCAGCUCGGAGGCUAGGAACAGCCGUCGUGGACUCUUCGUUACAAAUGCAGACGAUCUGCCUAGAAUUCCGGCAAAGGCGUCGUCGUCCGCACGUGAACAAGCGAAUGCGCUUGUUGGAGGAUCCUCCUCCUCUGCUAAAGCACGACGAGACCAACGCGCUAGUAGGAAUCGUCGCACCAGUCCUUGCAGUCGAUCGGACGCACAGUCCACCAGCCUCGGCACUUCUCCAAAUGCCACCUCGCCACCUUCAUCUACAUCGCCCACCACACCUGCCCAUCCCACCCCUCCAUCUCAACAACCACCAGCUGCUGCUGCACACACGUCUCCAUCCCGCCCCGCAUCCGUCGCUGCUCCAAGCCCGUCGCAACAAGCCACCGUACUCGAUCCAACCACGCUUCUCACCAACGAAGAUCUUUUGUACGCCGAGGACAUGGAACUCGACCUACCACCAAGCUACUUCGAAGCCGUCUAUGGCGCCGAAGAGGAAGAUGACGACGGGUAA